AUGAGCGAUAAUAUCAACGACGCCGCUGGCAAUCGUCCUGCCGGUAACCCUCUUGCAGGCAAUCCAUACACCGCACUCGCAGGGCAGCCUCCUGAACGCUAUACAAGAGCUAUUCUUAAAGGUCGUCAUGUCGGUGCCCUCAUCGACGAUGAACUUAUACAUCCUGAUAUUGACGAUGCUAAUACUAACCUGUGGCGCUCUCACAGCGAAGCAGCCGCAGUUAUCCUCCUGAACGGCCUUUCGAAAGACCUAUACAACAAGAUUAAAAUCGGCCGUGAUAAGGAAGAUAUUCGCUUUACAGACGAUAUCUGGCGAAUUCUCCACAAUACGUGCAAGGGCUACGGUAUCUAUACCGGGACCACUACAUAG